AGACCUAUUGGAGGAAAAAACCCCCCCAAGGCAAGAUCUGUCACUGUUCACUCAUUUGCUGGAAGACGAUCAGAAACUAUGUUAAAUGCACCAAGAAAGACACUGGAGUCUGUUAUAAAGGCGUCGAGAGGAUUCCGGUCAGAUCUCACUGCGAGGGGAGCGGGUUUCAACAGUUGACGCGGAGAGAAACUGAGCGCAGGAGAAGCGAUUAAUUCUGAUUAUCUGAAAUCUCUCUGUUUUUUUCCCCUUUCUUUCUUUUUUUCGGGGGGCAUCUUUCACAAGGGGGGGUACCAGCGGCAGACGAGCGUUUGUCCGAAUGAAGGAUGAUAGAGCACUGGGUCCAAUUGGACUGGAUUAUAGGAUCACUGGACUGAUUAUAGGACAAUCAUCGGGCAAAAGUCGCAGCCGCAGCUAUAGAUGCCUCUCGAAUGACGGGAACGCGAAAAGGUUGGAUUAACAAAGCUGCCGGAUCCUGCUUCUUCUUCUGUUUUGUUUUUCUUUUUUCUCCUUUCCCCCUUCUCUCUUCCUCUUCUACUUUUGGUGGCAUGGGCAGGCUGCGUGUGCCGAGCGAGCAGAGCCCAUAUGCAACAGUGUGCCGCACAGGGGGGAAAAGUAAAUGCAUCGUGAAUGGUAACAUCGGACAAUGCUGCAUUUUCGAGACGGGCAUGUCAGUAUCCGCCGUAGCCUAGGUGUAGAUGUCGCAUGAGGGCAAUGCGCUUUUGUGAGCUCCGGGUCUAACCUUCACCACGGAGAUCUAACAAAAAAAAAAAAAAAAAGAGAGAGAGAGAGAGAAAACGCUUUAACCUUGGAUGCAGUAGGGAAUAUUAAUACUUUAUUGUCAUCGAUUAUUCAUUAACCCACCCACCCCCCACACCACCACCACCACCUGUGAGGAGAGAGGAAAAAAAAGCGUUUUUAUUCUCGCACACUAUGUUUGAUUUGAUGUUUAAUUCAUGCCUAAGGUGUCGUCGGGCGGUCAUCUUUGUUUACAGAAAGAGUUCAUCAUAGCCGAAACGGCAACGUGCCGGAGAGGUUAAAACACAAAUCAGAAGGCGAUAACGCUCCACGGAUCGAUUUAAUACCUAAUUAGUGUGGGAUCGGCGUCGACCGCAUGCCUGCUGUGGGUUUAGUCCUCUAGGUUUGCCGUAAUCAACAGGUUGAAAGUCAACGAGGAUUCUCUUCUUUUUUUUUUUUUUUUUUUUCUUCUUCUUCUUCUUCUUUUUUUUUUCCCUGUCUGCCACUACCCGCAUAUCCAGUUGAAGGGAUGCGUCUCUCUGUAACCAUUUUCUUUCUGCUGUGGGUUAAAGCCCUGACAUUGAAAAAUCUCAAUUAUUCCGUCCCGGAGGAGCAAGGACCCGGCACUGUUAUAGGUAAUAUAGCAAAAGAUGCCGGAUAUGGGACCAUGGAGAGGGGGAAGAAAUCUAACUUCAGGGUGCUAGAGAAUUCUGCACCACAUCUGGUGGAUGUUGACCCGGAGAGUGGACUAAUCUUCACCAAACAAAGGAUUGACAGGGAAACGUUAUGCAGGCGCAACCCCAAGUGCCAGCUCUCCAUGGAGGUGUUUGCCAAUGACAAGGAGAUAUGCAUGAUCAAGAUUGACAUACAGGACAUAAAUGACAACUCGCCCAGCUUUCCCUCAGAUCAUGUUAAUAUUGAUAUUUCGGAGAACGCAGCAGCUGGGACACGCUUCCCUCUCACUAUUGCACAUGACUCAGAUUCGGGGGAAAAUGGGAUAAAGACGUACCAGGUCACGAGAGAUGAUUACAACACGUUUUCCCUGGAUUUAAAAGUGAGAGGCGAUGGGACUAUAUAUCCAGAGCUGGUGGUUCAGAGACCUCUGGAUAGGGAGGAUCAGAGCCAUCACACCCUUCUCCUCACAGCAAUAGACGGUGGGGAGUAUCCGAGAUCAGGCUCCAUGCAAAUCAACGUCAGGGUGACUGAUUCGAAUGACAAUAGCCCAGUUUUUGAAAAAUCCUCUUAUGUGAUUGAGAUUCCGGAGAAUUCUCCUCCGGGGAAAGUGCUUAUAGAUUUGAACGCCACUGACCAAGAUGAGGGCAGCAACGGGCAGGUGGUCUAUUCCUUCACUGGAUAUGCAUCUGAGAGAAUCCAAGAUCUGUUCUCCAUUGACCCCAAUACUGGCGUCAUCAAGGUCCAGGGAGAGAUUGACUAUGAAGAGAAUCCAAUCAUAGAGUUUGACGUGCAGGCUAAGGAUCUGGGGCCCAACCCGAUACCAGGCCACUGCAAAAUAACUGUGAAAGUGCUUGACAAAAAUGACAACUCGCCAAUCAUAAGUUUCGUGUCUGUCCGACAGGGAGCCAUCAGCGAGGCGGCACCUCCGGAGUCUGUCAUAGCUCUGGUGAGAGUGACGGAUAAAGACUCCGGACGAAACGGUCAACUUCAGUGCAGGGUGUUGGGAAACGUCCCCUUCAGACUGCAGGAAAACAAUGACAAUUUUUACACACUGCUCACAGACAGACCUCUGGACAGGGAAAUGAAAGAUGAAUACAAUGUAACAAUAGUGGCGAGAGACAAUGGGAUCCCUUCCUUGAACUACACCAAGUCGUUCACUGUGAAAAUCCUUGACGAGAACGACAACGCGCCACGCUUUACAAAGACGGUCUACGUGCUACAGGUGCCUGAGAACAACAUACCCGGGGAGUAUCUGGGCUCUGUUCUGGCCCACGACCCAGAUGUAGGUCGCAAUGGAACAGUGUCGUACUCCAUUCUGCCGUCACAUAUCGGAGAUGUUUCCGUGUACACCUACGUGUCUGUAAAUCCCACCAAUGGAGCCAUAUACGCCUCAAGGUCUUUCAAUUACGAGCAGACGAAGUCCUUUGAGUUCAAAGUUCAAGCUAAAGACGGAGGGUCCCCUCACAUGGAGAGCACUUCUACAGUCAGGGUCAACGUCCUCGACGUCAACGACAAUCUCCCAGUUAUUAUUCUACCGCUUCUGCUGAAUGAUACAGCAGAAAUCCCAGUGCCUAGAAACGUGGGGAUCGGCUACAUCGUGGCCACGGUGAAGGCGGUGGACCACGACCACGGAGAGAGCGGCCAUUUGACCUACGAGAUCACCGAGGGAAACGACGACCACCUGUUCGAGAUGGAUCCUGUGGGAGGGGAGGUGAGAACUGCCCACGCUCUUUGGGAAGAGGUUGCCCCGGUGGUUGAGCUGGUGGUGAAGGUAACUGACCAUGGCAAGCCCCCCUUAUCUGCCGUGGCUAAGCUGAUCAUUAAGGCGAACACAGAGACGGCGGCAGGAGGGGGUUCCAGCGCGAGCGGGGAGCAGCAGCACUGGGAUGUAUCCCUGCCCCUCAUAGUUACCCUCUGCAUUAUCUCUGUCAUGCUCUUAGCAGUCAUGACCGCCAUCGCUGUCAAGUCCAAGCAUCAAGAUAAGGAGACUGGGAAUUAUAACUGCCGCAUGGCUGAGUACUCCAAUCCUCCAGUGGGGAAAGGCAAAAAGAAAAGGAUCAACAAGAGUGACAUCAUGCUGGUGCAGAGUGAGAUGGAGGAGAGAGAUUCUGCGAGCAGGAUGAACGUGGUGAGCAGCCCUUCACUCAUCACCUCGCCAAUAUGCUUUGACUACCAGAGCCCUCUGCCACUCACACUGCCCAGGUCAGAGGUCAUGUACCUGAAAACCACCCCGAACAGCCUGACAGUCCCCAGGGCAGGCUGCCACUCCAGCUUUGCCGGGCUUAGCACAGACACUCCAGCGAAUAGGAUGUCAGUGAUACAGACGGAAAAUUUCCCCUCAGAACCCAAUUAUGCUGGCAGCAGGCAGCCAUUUGUUCAAAGCUCAACAUUUAAGGAUGCAGAACGAGCAAGCCUCCGAGACAGUGGCCAUGGUGAUAGUGACCAGGCUGAUAGUGACCAGGAUACUAAUAAAGGCUCACACUGCGACACGUCUGCUAGGGAGGCCCUCAAGAUGAAAGCAACAGCAGUUAAUGGCCAGCCUUUUGAACAGGAGCAAGACAAAUCAGUCCACUGCACCGAUGAAUGUCGUGCACUGGGACAUUCUGACAGAUGCUGGAUGCCAAAGUUACGGGUAGGAAGCCAAGCAGACAGCGCCGAUAAUCGCACCAACCUUUUCAUCCCUGUGGGAAUGGACGCCAUGGUAGAGACAGAGAUUUAUGGCACCAUCAGCUGCAGCAGCAGAAAAACCCUCAGCACGUUUGGAAAGGAACAGCGGGACAGUACAAUCCUCGUGGCCAAUGUCAAACCUUACUUAAAAUCGCAGCGUGCACUGAGCCCACCGCUGCAGGAGAGUCCAUCUGCGUCCAGUAGUCCCACCAAGAGCAGUAUGCCCCUGGACUUGUCCAACCAGGAGUCCGCAGAAGAGAGGGAGGGUGGUUCAGACAUCAGUGCCUAUGGACCUCCAGAUGGCCAGUGCUCCCCGCUGCACACUGAAUUGGAGGAGCCCUCCUACCUGACCUGCGAGCUCAGGCCUAAGUCCCUGUCCAGCAGCCUCAUUCACAGCUCUGUCAUCAGCCAGGAGUGCGGGGGGUCGGAUUGUGCCCUCGACCCGCUGGACUCCGCCAACUGACAGGUCAGAUGAUCCCGCUUCGCUCUCA